AUGCCCUUAACACUAGCCCACAGGCGUUACAUCCUCCCUCCGCCCUCGUCAUCCCCUUCCCGCCUUUUCCAUCCUUUCCCCUUGCACAGCACAUCCCUCUCCCGCCUGCUUUCCCCCUCCCUUCUCUCCCCCCUCCCUUCUCUCCCCCCUCCCUUCUCUCCCCCCUCCCUUCUCUCCCCCCUCCCUUCUCUCCCCCCUCCCUUCUCUCCCCCCAACCUUCUCUCCCCCCUCCCUUCUCUCCCCCCUCCCUUCUCUCCCCCCUCCCUUCUCUCCCCACUCCCUUCUCUCCCCCCUCCCUUCUCUCCCCCUUACCUUCUCUCCCCCCUCCCUUCUCUCCCCCCUCCCUUCUCUCCCCCUUCCCUUCCCUCCCCCCUCCCUUCUCUCCCCCCUCCCUUCUCUCCCCCCUCCCUUCUCUCCCCCCUCCCUUCUCUCCCCCCUCCCUUCUCUCCCCCCUCCCUUCUCUCCCCCCUCCCUUCUCUCCCCCCUCCCUUCUCUCCCCCCUCCCUUCUCUCCCCCCUCCCUUCUCUCCCCCCUCCCUUCCCUCCUCCUGUCCUUCCUCUUGACCACCACCACCUGCCAUCGCGACAAUCCGGCCUACACCAGGCGACUUCUGAGUUGCUG